AUGAUGUCAGCUGCUACGAAUAAAUCUUGUGCAACAUGUCACAAUGCCGGUGAUGUUUUUAUGUGUCACGGGUGUCGACAAUUUUUUUGUGCUCAACACACAACUACACAUCGAGAAGAACUCUCUAAAGAUAUGGACAAACUUACUAAAGAUUAUGAGCUUCUACAACGAGAUUUGAUUCGAGGAAACGGUCCACAUCCUCUUCUAUGUGCUAUUGAUACGUGGGAACAAGAACAAAUCACAAAAAUUCGAAACUGCGCAGAAACAGCUCGCGCCGAUCUACGACAGUCGAUUGAACGAAUUAAGAAUAAAAUUGAAAAAACACUUGAUAUGAUCACCGAUGAACUCGAAUCAAGCCGAGAAUCAGAAGAUUAUACAGAAAUUGAUUUCAAGAGAUGGAAUCACCAGCUGGAAGAAUUUCGAAGUAGAAUUGAAAAGCCGCUGAAUACCGAGAUUAUCGAAGAUGACGAUAUACCACCUAUUCAUUUAAUCAAAGUGGGAGAGAAUCGUGAUCAACAGCAGUCACGCUCUACUGCUCGCUCAUUCUUCACAUCCGAGAUAAGUCUUCGUUCUAUUCAAGAGCCGCCGUUACUUGUCCGUGAGAAAUUCGAAGAAGCUGCCGGGCCAGCUACAGUAUCAGAAGACGGUCUCCUGGCGACAUAUUCAGGUUCUUGGACUGGUGACUCGAGCAUUAGUGGUGUCAAUUUAUACUCGUCUGGGACACAUCAUAUUCGCUUUCGGAUUCAAGAAAUGUUUUACAAUUCUCCCUUUUUCGGCAUAAAUGGUGCGCCACAAGAGAUGUCGGCACGAGACUUUGAACCACCGUCCGCCGACGUUUCGUCGAACUUGGGUUUCCCUAUUGCGAAUGGUAAGAAUCAAUGGAUUGGAAGAGACAGAAUUAUUCGAGCAGGUGAUGAAGUCACAUUGAUAUUGGAUUGUGACAGAAGGCAAAUUUUCCUUGAACAUCAUCGAACAAACAGACUUCUUCAUCUGCCUAUCGAUCUUCGUGUUUGUCCUCUUCCAUGGAAAAUAGUUAUCGUUUUGCGUCGUCGAGGUGAUUGUGUACGUAUUAGGGGUGGCACAUUGAGCUUAACAAAACAGAAUUUAACAGUUAAUUUCAGUGAAAAACGUAAAAAUUAA